UCAGGUGCAUGCGGCCGAUGCGAUCUGUGAUUUUACUCCAUGAUUUCACCGAAGAUGGUCGCGGCACACACCUCCAGCCACCCGUCCACCUCUGCUGAGUGGAUCAUCUGUCUGGAUAAGAGACCAGAGGAGCGUUCAGGGGAGGAUGUGGACAUCAUCUUGGCCCGUCUGAAAGGUGUGAAGGCCUUUGAGAAGUUCCACCCUGCUCUACAUCAGCAGAUCUGUCUGUGUGGCUUCUACGAGUGUUUGGAGAAAGGCAUCACAUUGUACAGGCAGGGUGACAUCGGGACUAACUGGUACACCGUCCUGUCCGGCUCUCUAGAUGUCAAAGUCUCAGAAACAGCAAACCAUCAGGAUGCUGUCACCAUCUGUACACUGGGCAUCGGCACAGCUUUCGGGGAGUCUAUUCUGGACAACACGCCGCGGCACGCCACCAUCGUCACCCGGGAGUUCAGUGAACUACUGCGGAUUGAGCAGAAGGACUUCAGGAGCCUGUGGCAGAGUUAUCGUCAGUGUAUGGCUGGUCUGCUGGUCCCUCCCUACGGUGUUAUGGAGAGCGGCCCAAAUGCUGACGGAAUGCCUGACAAAGACAAUCUGAACAACAGUUCUGCCGGAUCAUCAUCCAAACACUUAAAUAAGAAAUCAUUCAUUCAGAGUCCCACCAAAUUUCACCCCGAAUCCAUUACUCAGGUGCUGUCAGAAAAGAUCCUGCGGGCAGGUAAAGUGUUACGAAACACCAUCCUGUCCAGAGCACCUCACAUGAUCAGAGACAGGAAGUACCACCUUAAAACAUACAGGAGGUGCUGUAUGGGCACGGAGCUCGUUGAUUGGCUGAUGCAGCACACUUCCUGUGUUCACUCUCGUGUUCAGGCUGUAGGGAUGUGGCAGGUGCUGCUGGAGGAGGGCGUCCUAAACCACGUGGACCAGGAGCUGAGUUUCCAAGAUAAGUAUCUGUUUUAUCGCUUCCUGGACGAUGAGACCGAAGACGCACACCUCCCCACUGAGGAGGAGAAGAAAGAGAGUGAUGAAGAGCUACAGGACACCCUCCUGCUCCUCUCUCAGCUCGGACCUGACGCCCAUCUGCGAAUGAUCCUGAGGAAACGGCCUGGCCAGAGGACAGUAGAUGACCUGGAGAUCAUUUAUGAGGAGCUGCUGCAUAUUAAAGCCUUGUCCCAUCUGUCCACCACUGUGAAGAGGGAACUGGCUGGUGCUCUGAUAUUUGAGUCCCACGCUAAAGCAGGCACAGUGUUGUUUAAUCAAGGGGAGGAGGGCACGUCAUGGUACAUCAUCCUGAAGGGCUCUGUUAACGUGGUGAUCUAUGGAAAGGGUGUAGUGUGCACGCUACAUGAGGGAGAUGACUUCGGGAAGCUGGCUCUGGUGAAUGACGCACCUCGGGCAGCGUCUAUCGUCCUGAGAGAGGACAACUGCCACUUCCUGAGAGUGGAUAAAGAAGACUUCAACAGAGUCCUCAGGGAUGUGGAGGCAAACACGGUCCGUCUGAAGGAACAUGAGGAGGAUGUGUUAGUUUUGGAGAAAACGAACAACAGGAGCUCCAGUUCCUCUCCUCUAAAGUACAUUUCUAUUCUUCUGUCAGUUUUAACAUUAAUACCUCAAACUGCAUGUCAGUGCGUGAGCCUUGUGCGCUUGUUCUUCAGGUACACCGUGAUGUCAGGAACUCCAGAGAAGAUUCUGGAGCAUCUUCUGGAGACGCUGAAGCUGGACUCGCACUUCACUGAGUCAGAUCCUGCUCUGGAUGACUUUUUGCUUAUGCACUGUGUUUUUGUCCCAAACAGUCAGCUGUGUCCACUGCUCAUGGCCCACUAUCACGCUCAGCCGUCCCAGGGCAGUGAACAGGAGCGGGUGGAGUACGCUCUCAAUAACAAGCGCAGGGUGAUUCGUCUGGUCUUACAGUGGGCCGCCGUCAACACAGACCACCUGCAGGAGGAGGACAGCUCGUUCAACUUCCUCCAGGAGUUUAAUGAGACAGUGUGUGAUGAGUCCAGACUCCUUCCAGCUCUGAAAGACCAGCUGCCUGAACUAGAGAAGAUCAUCAGACAGAACUGUGAGGAGGGCCGGCCCUCUCAGAAAAAGCACAAAGUCCUGCUGCGUCAGUUCAGCACGGGGAACGACAGACUGCAGAAGAAACAACCAAUCAGAAGCACAGACGAGAUCCUCUUUAAGGUGUACUGCAGUGAUCAUACGUACUCCACUAUCCGAGUGACCGUCGCUGCGUCUGUCCAAGAGGUCGUCGCCGCGGUUACUGAUAAACUGGGGUCAGGAGAUGAUCUACUGCUCAUCCACCUCAACUCAGCCGGAGAUAAAGAGCUUCUAAAGCCAUCAGAUGUGUCCAUCUUCUCAUCGCUGAGUAUUAAUGGCCGUCUGUUUGUCUGCCCGAUGGACCAGAUCGACUCUUUGACUCCACUGCCCGAGCAGGAAGGUCCGUCUGCUGGCUCCAUGUACACGUUUGAGCUCAUGAGCUCUAAAGAUCUGGCUCAUCAGAUGACUCUCUACGACUGGGAGCUCUUCGACUGCGUACAUGAGCAUGAACUGAUCUACCACACGUUUGGCCGUCAGCACUUCAAGAAGACCACAGCUAAUCUGGACCUGUUCCUGCGGCGCUUUAAUGAGGUUCAGCUGUGGGUGGUCACAGAAGUUUGUUUGUGUCCCACGCUCAGCAAACGCGUACAGCUGCUCAAGAAGUUCAUCAAGAUCGCCGCGCACUGUAAAGAGUUGAAGAAUUUGAACUCAUUCUUUGCCAUUAUCAUGGGUCUGGGAAACCCUGCAGUCUGUCGGCUCAGUCAGACAUGGGAGAAACUGCCUAGCAAGUUCAAGAAGUUUUAUGGAGAGUUUGAAAACCUGAUGGACCCCUCCAGAAAUCACAGAGCAUAUCGAAUUAUGAUGGCCAAGUUAGAGCCACCUAUCAUUCCCUUCAUGCCUUUAUUAAUUAAAGACAUGACCUUCACACAUGAAGGUAACAAGACGUUUACUGACAGACUGGUGAACUUUGAGAAAAUGAGGAUGAUUGCAAACACCGUCAGAAUCGUGAGAUACUGCCGGAGUCAGUCAUUCAAUCAGGAAGCACCGCAGGCGACUGGUAAAAGCCAUCAGGACGUGCGGAGCUAUGUGCGUCACAUCAGUGUGAUUGAUAACCAGCGUACCCUGUCCCAGCUGUCCCACAGACUGGAGCCGCGCCGGAGCUGAUCAGUGCUGCUUCAGCUCUCUGUAUACCAGUCAAUAAGCUCUCGCUGUCCACCAACAGAAGCCUUGCUCCGCUGCAGCAGCUGCACACACAAGGGCUUUCCCUUUCUUUGGCUGCUUGUCUGAAAGCGUGGCUUCAUUUCAGUGUACGUCUGUGGAUGUGCAGACCUCUGUUCCUAUAUUCUGCCAAGGAUGAGAUGUUCCCCUCUCUUUCAGGUUUCGUUUGGACAGUUUGACACCUUACAUGGAGUUUUAGAGUUUGUAAUCAUGAGCUUAUUGUUUUUUACAAUGAGUUUGUCCUGUGGGAGCUUUUGGAGACUCUUUUUUUA